GAUGGCGGAGGAAUCCGAGGAUAUGCUUCGCUACUGAUCAUUCGAGCUCUGAUGGACAAGAUCGCAAAACUCGAGAGUCAGCCCGAUGGCAAAUACAGGCCUCACCACUAUUUCGAUUACUUCGUGGGCACGAGCACAGGAGGCUUAAGUGCCAUCAUGCUCGGCCGCCUUCAGAUGACAGUGGACGAUGCCCUCGCUUUGUACGAUAUAAUCGGGACUAAGGUCUUC